AUGCCGUCCAUCACAGCAUUCAAGGGUUCUGAUGAGGGGCAAAUUGUGGAGGCCAGUGUUGACAAGCGUGAUCUGCAACCAGAUGAGGUUCUGCUGAAGAUCACUCAUUCUGGUCUGUGUGGAACUGACGUCCACUAUAAAAAUGUUCCGAUGGUGCUUGGCCACGAAGGUGUUGGUGAGGUUCAGGAAAUAGGCUCGAAUGUGACGCUUCUUAAGAAAGGCGAUCGAGCAGGCUUCGGCUACAACCAUUCCAGUUGUCUUUCUUGUGCCCAAUGUCUUUCUGGCAACGAUAUCUUUUGCCCUCAGCGCCAGCUGUAUGGUGAGGCGGAUCUCGAUCAAGGCAGCAUGGCCAGCCACGCAGUAUGGAAAGAAUCGUUCUUGUUCAAGAUACCGGAGAGCAUUUCAAGUGAGGAUGCGGCACCGUUGCAAUGCGGUGGCAUCACUGUCUACACUGCCUUGCAGCUGUAUCCUGUCAAAGCGGGCGAACGAGUUGGUGUGCUAGGCGUAGGUGGUCUGGGUCAUCUGGCUAUCCAGUUCGCAGCUAAGAUGGGCUGUGAGGUUGUGGUCUUUUCAGGCUCGGACUCGAAGGAGGAGGAGGCGAUAAAACUUGGUGCCAAGGAGUUUUAUGCGACAAAGGGAGCGACUGAAUUGAAGUUGAAGGAUGGCAAAGGCAUCGACAGGCUCCUCGUGACCAGCUCAGCGCAAGUUGAUUGGAACCUAUAUCUGAGUGUCAUCAACCCUCGAGGCGCAGUCUAUCCUCUGAGUGUGUCAUCAGAUGACCUGCGAAUGCCGUAUAUGCCGCUGAUCUUGAACGGCAUCCGAGUACAAGGCAGUGUAGUAGGCAGCAGAGGUAUUCAUCGGGAGAUGUUGGAAUUUGCUGCUGCUCAGAACAUUAAGCCAAUUGUUCAACUAUUUCCAAUGAGCAAGCAGGGCAUCGAGGACGCCUUCCAGGCCUUGGAGGAUGGCAAAAUGAGGUACCGAGGUGUAUUGGUAGCUCAAUAG